CCGGUUCCUGAAGAGCUGCAGAACGGAGCAGGGUUUGGCUACGUCGUUGCUUUCCGUCCCUUCGGCGCCACCGGGUGGAUGCAGGCGGCAGUUCCCUCUCCUGAAGCCUCCAAAUACGUCUUCAAAAACGAGACCAUUUUACCCUUUACUCCAUUCCAAGUCAAAGUGGGGGUGUACAAUAACAAGGGGGAAGGACCUUUUGGACCUGUGGUCACCAUCUACUCUGCUGAGGAGGAGCCUGGAAGGGCACCCAGUCGACUCCGAGCCAAGAGUCUUUCAGCGUUUGAUGUUGAGGUAUACUGGAAAGCCCUUCCCUGGAGCACAAGCAAGAAACGUGUUCUCGGCUAUGAGGUACUGUAUAAGCGGAACCAAUUCAGCAGGCCCAGCAUUAUGGAGACCAACACCACCUCAGUGGAGCUGUCACUACCCACAGAUGAGGAGUACAUCAUCCAGAUCAGACCUUUUGGAGAAGGAGGGGAAGGCAGCAGCAGCCGACAGAUCACCAUUCCCAAAAUAUCAGGUACUAACCGAUGA